UGAAAAGUUUUGAGUCAUAAACCCCUUCUCUUCUGAUUCAUCGUGUUCGCUUUCAUCUUUUUUACUCAAGGGUGCCUCCUCAUUCCUUCACAAAUAAAAACCCGAUAAUUCAAUCCAAUUAUUCGAAUUUAUUUCUGAUCUACCUCAGGAAUUGUUAUUUUGAUCUUAUUUUUUUGUUCCAGCUUAACAGAUACAGUGAUGGAUUUUGUGAAGGUCUUCGAUCAAACUGUCCGCGAAAUAAAGAGAGAAGUGAAUUUGAAGGUUUUGAAGGUUCCGGAGAUCGAACAGAAGGUUUUAGAUGCAACAGAUGAUGCACCUUGGGGUCCGCAUGGCACAGUAUUGGCAGAGAUAGCACUGGCCACAAAGAAAUUCAGUGACUGUCAGAUGGUUAUGAAUGUCCUGUGGACAAGAUUGACUGAGACUGGCAAGAAUUGGCGUUUUGUCUACAAGGCAUUGUCUGUCAUAGAGUAUCUGGUGGCACAUGGAUCUGAACGUGCUGUUGAUGACAUAAUAGAACAUACUUUUCAGAUAUCUUCUCUGGCGAGUUUUGAAUAUGUAGAGCCAAGUGGGAAGGAUGUGGGGAUUAAUGUAAGAAAAAAGGCUGAGACUAUUGUGAAGCUUCUAAAUGACAAAGACAAAAUACAAGAAGUAAGGGACAAAGCUGCCGCCAACCGUGAAAAGUAUUUUGGACUUUCAUCAUCUGGAAUAACAUACAAGUCAGGUGCAGCUUCAUUCAGUAGCACUAACUUUAAGAGUAGUGAUAGAUAUGGAGGAUUUGGUAAUUCAGGAGACAAUGAAACAUUUAGGGGUAGUUAUAAGGAUAGGGAUCGAUAUGGUGAAGAUAAGUAUGAGAAGACUACAAAAUCAAAGGAAGAGCCUCCUCGCCAUGGCAGCAACGAACAAGAGUCUCCUGCCAGUGGUGCAUCAAGAAUAAGAACAAAAACUAGCAAGCCAGAUGAAUAUGCUUCAGUUCCCUCACAAAAUGCAUCGUCAACCAAUUAUGAUGAAGAUUUUGAUGAUUUUGAUCCACGGGGGAGCUCGAGUUCUAAACCUUCUCCUGGAAGCAACCAAGUGGAUCUUUUUGGGCAAAAUUUUGUUGAUCUUUUGGAUGCACCAAUAUCUGUUCCAUCAAAUAAGUCUACUUUGUUGGACAAUGAUCCAUCAGAAGGUGAUUUAUUUGCCGAUGCUGAUUUUGUAUCGGCAACACCUAAACCAGAAGCUGGGGAAAGUCCUGUGACUCAGACAAAUUUUGAUCCAUUUGCGUUCCAGUCUAGUCCUGCUGUUUCUACGACAAUGGAUUUUUUUGCAGUUCCUGGUCCCGUGUCCCAGCCUGACAAGAAGGCUUCUAACUCUGAUGGAACUACUACUGCAGUAGAUCCGUUUGCUGCAGUUCCACUUGCCAACUUUGAUGGAUCCGAUCCUUUUGGGCCAUUCACUUCUCAUACAGAUCCUUUGCCAACAGUAUCUAACAAAAGUUCUCCUAGUGAUGGAAGCCAUGGGAACAUGAAUGGAUCUUCAACUGAAACCAAGUCAACACCCAAGAAGGAAGGAUUUCAAGUCAAAUCUGGAAUAUGGGCUGAUUCUUUAAGCCGUGGAUUGAUUGAUCUAAAUAUAACAGCACCAGCCAAGAAGGUGAACCUAGCAGAUGUUGGCAUUGUCGGAGGAUUGACUGAUGGGUCAGAAGAAAAAGACAAGGGGCCUUUGCCUCCAUUUUACAUGGGCCAAGCUAUGGGCACCGGAUCUGGAAUAGGAAAAUCUGGGUUCACAUCAACAUCAAAAGGCAACGACUUCUUCUCAAGUCUAGGCAGCCAGCAAUACCAAUUUGGGGGCUUUCAGAAAUGAGUUACGUUUCUCGCGAAACGCUAUUACUUGUUUCCACAAUUCUCACUUGCAAAUAUCAACAAGGAUUGGAUUGGGCAUGAUAUAAGACGGAUGAUGUUUUUGUAUACCCUCUGUGGAUCUCCCAUAUUUAUAGUGUUUGUUGCUCGUAUAUGCAUCUGAGCCGAGUUGUCGCUCUUGCAUUUGGUUGGAAACUCAGUUGUAGUCUUCUACUGGGAGUAUGUAUGGUCAACUUCUCUAAAUUUGCUUUUGGUCUUCAGUAAUUAUACUAAAAGAUGGCCAUUUUAUCUGA